AUGGGGGAGGCUUCCUCUUACACAGCAAAAAGUAUCCAGGUACUUAAAGGAUUAGAAGCAGUUCGCAAACGUCCUAGUAUGUACAUCGGUAGCACCGGACCCACAGGGCUACACCACCUGAUCAAAGAGUUAGUCGAUAAUUCAAUUGACGAGAUUACUGCCGGCUUCGGUUCCGUGGUUGAAAUUAUCCUCCACGCCGAUGGCAGCGCAACUGUGAGUGAUCAAGGGCGUGGGAUUCCAGUCGGUAGACAUGCAAGCGGCGUUUCUGCGUUACAGGUUGUGAUGACGACAUUGCAUGCCGGCGGAAAAUUCGACGGACGCGCAAGUUCAGGAUAUAAAACAGCUGGCGGUUUGCACGGUGUUGGUGCCUCUAUUGUGAAUGCCCUAUCAGAAUGGAUCCAUGUCCAAGUUAGGCAAAAUGGGAAGGUACAUCAGCAAAAGUAUGCGCGCGGUAUACCUUUGACAAAAGUUGAAGUUGUCGGCGUGAGCGAAAAAACAGGUACAACGACAACCUUCAUGCCAGAUUCAGAAGUCUUUGAAACCAUUUACUUCUCACAUGAUGUCUUAGCAGAACGCCUCCGCGAAUUUGCAUUUCUCAAUCGUGGUAUUAAGAUUGUUUUCAAAGACGAGCGACGCACUGAAGACGGUAAGUAUGCGGGCGGUAUUUCGUCAUUUGUCCAAUAUCAUAACCAAAACAAAGAGGUUCUCCACAAAGAUCCCAUUUACAUAGAGGGGAUCAGAGAUGAUGUUACGGUCGAAAUUGCGCUGCAAUUCAAUACCGGUUAUUCCGAAAAUCUCUUUUCCUACGCCAAUAAUGUCCGCACCCCCGAAGGUGGAUUUCAUGAGAGCGGUUUCAAAAGCGCAUUUACACGGACUUUCAACGCUUAUGCGAGGUCUUAUGACCUCCUAAAGAACACAAAGAUUACUUUGUCAGGCGAGGAUAUUCGUGAAGGAAUGACCGCUGUCAUUAGUGUGAAGGUGCCUGAACCACAGUUUGAAGGACAGACAAAACAAAAAUUGGGGAAUACUGAGGUUGAGGGGAUUGUGCAAGCGCUCGUCAAUGAAAAGUUAAAAGCCUAUCUCGAAGAAAACCCAAACAUUGCCAAAAAGGUCAUCCAAAAGAGUAUUCAAGCCGCGCAAGCACGGGACGCUGCUCGAAGGGCACGGGAAGUCAUCCGCCGGAAGGGGAUAUUGGAUUCCGCAUCAAUGCCCGGCAAACUUGCCGAUUGUUCUGAACGCGACCCCGCACUGUGCGAAGCAUUUCUCGUUGAAGGCGAUUCAGCCGGUGGGACAGCAAAACAAGGACGUGACCGGCGUUUUCAAGCAAUAUUGCCAUUAAAGGGAAAAGGCAUCAACGUUGCCAAGGCACGCUUAGAUAAGAUUCUCAAGAACGAUCAGAUCAUCGACAUUGUCACUAUGUUGGGAACGGGGAUUGGUCAAGAAGAUUUUACGCUGGAGAAGUUGCGCUAUAACAAGGUGAUUAUCAUGGCUGAUGCUGAUGUUGAUGGCGCACAUAUUCGCACCUUGCUCUUGACUUUCUUCUUCCGUCAGAUGCCCCAAUUGGUUCUGGAAGGACAUCUGUACAUCGCUCAACCACCACUGUAUCAAAUUCGGAAGGGACGUCGCGCCCGAUACCUCCAAAACGACGAACAGAUGAAUGAUUAUCUCUUGGAAGCUUCGAUGGAAAGCGCGAAACUGACCAACAGCCGGCGUGAUAAACCGUACACAGAAAAACAGUUUCGCACAAUUCUUGAGACCAUCCGAAAAAUUGAGAGUUUAUUAAGCGAGUUAGGGCGAAAAGAGAUUGAUACAGAUCGUAUUUUUGGUCAACGUUUUCGCGAUGAAGAGACCGUCCCCUUACUCCUAGUUCAAACGGAUGGGGGAAAAUUCUACCGUUUUGAGGAUGAAGAUAUCGAUCAGCUGAUUGAACAGAAUACAAAUUCUCAGCUGGAGCUUGCAGAUCUCGAGGAGACAAGCGAGGUGGUGAUUGAAGAUGUCUCAGAUAUGUCCGAAAUCCGAGAGUUGGAUAAGCUCAUUGAAGGGCUAAACAGAUAUGAUAUAGUGCCUCACGAUUUUGAUCGCUCAAAUGGGAUCGAGAAUAGUAACGGUAAUUCGACCUUUACCAUCCAAGACGGUGACCGGGAGCCUCGAAAAUCGAAUACCGUAUGGGAAAUGCUGGGUGCCAUUGAGGAGAUUGGGCGACGUGGUACCAGUAUUACCCGCUACAAAGGGCUUGCGGAGAUGAACGCAGAUCAGUUGAAAGACACGACCAUGAACCGCGAAUCUCGAAUCCUGCUUCAGGUCAAGAUGGAGGAUGCUGUCGAGGCAGAUCGGAUGUUUACCCUGCUCAUGGGCGAUGAUGUUGAUCCACGGCGUGUCUUUAUCGAAAAAUAUGGGAGUCAGGUGAAUCUCGACCUAUAUGGGGCGUAA